AUGAGUUUAUUUCAAACAGCACCUGUGAGAAGAUAUUUAGUAGAAUUCAAUGCAGGCAAAUGUAUUAUAGAAGGUAACUUGAUCAAGCCAGAUCUAAGGAAAGGAACGAUCUACAUGGACCAGUCUGACGAUCAAUUACUGCAUUUCUAUUGGAAAGAACGUGGCUCACAUGCUGAACCUGAAGACGAUAUCAUCAUUUUUCCUUCUGAAGCCAAAUUUGUCAGAGUAUCUCAAUGUACAACAGGCCGUGUGUAUAUGUUAAAGUUCAACAGUUCUCGUGAAAAGCACUUUUAUUGGAUGCAAGACAAGAGUGAAGAGAAAGACGAUGAGAAUGUCAACAGUGUGAAUGAGUUUAUUGAGAGUCCAGAAAGCAUGUCGGCUGAUUUAGAUGAGUCUGCCUCUCAUGCAGAGAUUAUGCGUCUGUUAAGUGGCGCCGAAAGUCAAGAUGCUAAUAUCACAGAGGAAAAUAUUUUGGAAUUUCUCAAUAAUAUCAGCAGAAGCAGACAAAGAUCAAGAAGCGAACAGCGAGUAAGAGGCACAUCUGCAUUAAGAGAAGAGGUGUCGCGUCCUGUUGCUGAACAACAACAGCAGGAACAAGAGCAGGAGCACGAGCCAGAACGCGAGCCAGAACCAACAGUCGCUGCACCCACUUCUGUAGAUACACCUACUGUCACUACUACUGCCGCCACUACCACUACUACUACGGAUUCUGCUGCUACAACUAAUAAUGCAAGCACUGGAAAUAAUCCUGAUUAUGCACAACUUGCUCAAAUGCUUGCGAGCAUGAGCGGGCAACGAGGACCAGCACCAUCACUUGUAUUGACAGAUAUACUUAAUAGCCAGACACUGACACCUCUGCUAAAUGACCCUGAAGUAUGCGAGUCAUUGGUACCUUAUUUACCUGAAGAAUCUGAAAAGUCAGCCGAAGAAGUCAGACAAGUAGUCAGAAGCCCUCAGUUCAGCCAAGCUGUUCAAAGCCUGACGGUGGCUCUUCAAACAGGACAACUAGGACCAUUACUCUCACAGUUGGGCUUAGAUCCUUCUGCAGGAUACAGCGUCGAGUUAUUUUUGAAUGCGAUUGAAAAACAGGCACAAGAGAAAAACAGUAAUGCGAUGGAAGAGGAUUAA